AUGACAGAGUUAUUUUACCUUGCCAGGCCUCUACUACAGCUUAAUAGUGGAGAUGCAUAUAUGGAAGCUGCGAAAAAUCUGCGUACUAGAUUGACACCUUCACAAAGAGAGGCCUCAGAUGAAGGCUUAAUGGAGAGUCGGCGUGAAACACUCGUAACCUUUCUCUUGCAGCAGAAAUUCAUCACAGAGGACCUCGAUAUUUGGGAUGCAGAUAGACUUUUUGAGUAUUUCCUGGUAGAUGUACAGAUGGGACCACAAAUUCGAACUUCGCGAAUCAAGACAGCUAUUUCAGUUGUACCGAUGAUUCGUUCUGUUAGCGUCUCUGUACCAUCAAAUCUAGAGACCGAGACUGAUACUAAUGCCGUCUUGACAUUACUAGAGCAUAAGUAUCGUGUGACACAGAACGCAGCUGACUAUGCUGCUUCCCAACUUGCUUCUGGAAGUGAAGCAUUCAGAACCGAUCGAAUUCCAAUCACAGCAAUAGCUGUGAGUUCCGGUGCUAAAGAUCCUGGAGUGUUUGAGCUCAACUUAUCUGGUCCCCGGUAUAUGCCAUUCGAAGGCGCAGGUGCCAUUUCAACAUGGCGUCUCGAAUUCCCGGCACCAAUCCGUCAUUUCAAUUAUGAGUCGAUCACUGAUGUGCAACUACACGUACAGUACACCGCUUAUGAAGGAGGUCCAACCCUGAAAAAGGCGGCAAAGGAUGCGGUUGUGCAAGCGGCUCAAACAAUCGCGGCCCAAGGUCAACACCAAGGCUAUUGGGCACUUUGGGACCUUAACGACUUCGCAGGAAAAUGGUCAGAUUUUGAAAAGACGCUCCUUACUCCCAACGUGGAAGCAGCCUUGGAACCCGGCAAUUUGCAAGACAGUUUACCUUUCUGGUCACGACACCAAAAAGAACUCCAAGUUCAGUCCUUCACAUUGAUGUCGCGAAAUAAGAAUGUUAGGGACAGAUUGAGUAUACUGGUGGAUCCAAAUACACCUGCAUACAAUGGAACUGAUGGUAUCUACUUCGGUGAUUUCUUUACCAGGCAAUGCGAGAUGACUGAGAAGAACUUAAAUUGGAAACUUAAGGCAGGAGCAGUUCCGGUUGCAGCGGUCGCAAGCGAAAAUGUUUAUAUGUUUGUUCGUUACAUUUAUGUUGGCAAGAACAUUUCAUAA